AUGGAUCACAAGACCAGGACUUACCCCGUCCUGGGCAGUCCACGCCACGUCUCUCUGUCCGUCUCUUGGUCCACCCAUAUCCACGUCCACGGGACUAGAACUACCAGUCUCUGGCUUCAACGCCUCCAUCUCCGCCUCAACCUUUCAUCCGAUUAUAGUGAUCUGCUGAUCCAAACGCCACCGUCACUCUUCCGACUGCUUCAUCAAGACGACACAAGACACAUUUGGCUCCUCUCCGGCGACGAUACGAGUAGGAGUAACAACCCGUCGAGUCCGCGUCGACUGCCAUUUCCCAUUACGACGACAUACUCGCGACGUCCUAUAGCCCGCCUCAUAGCCCUCUACUACACUGUCACCCCCUCGCGCUCUUCUUGCCGAGGCGCCGUCAUAAUUGCCGGCUCGACUCUUAAUGCGUCCCGCCCUUUGCCCAUCAGCCAUCGACAGCCACCCGUCUCAUCUGAUAGUUGGGCUCCAAUUUCGUCCAUGGUGCAGUUAUCUUUCGACACCUGA